CAAUCAUUCUCACACACUCACUCACUCACCAAAUCCAACAUUUUCAGUUUCAUUUCCCUCUGAAUUUUCCUUUCUCUCCAUUUUCGUUCUGUGCAAAAUCCCUCACCAUGCUUCUCAAAGCUGCUGUAAACGCUAACGCUUCUCUCUUCAAUUCCGAAAACACGCGUUUGGUUCCGCUACUUCAACGUGGAACUAAAUUGGACCGAAUCUCUGUUUCCGCUACGAAAGGUUCGAACAAUAACCGUGUUUUAACCGGUGUUUUGUUUGAACCUUUUGAAGAGGUUAAAAAGGAACUUGAUCUUGUUCCUAUUGUUCCUCAAGAUUCUUUAGCUCGUCAUAAAUUUCAUGUUGAUUCUGAAUCUGCCAUUAAUGAACAAAUCAAUGUGGAGUAUAAUGUUUCCUAUGUUUAUCAUGCGAUGUAUGCGUAUUUCGAUAGAGAUAAUGUUGCGCUGAAAGGUCUUGCUAAGUUUUUUAAGGAAUCUAGUGAAGAGGAAAGAGGGCAUGCUGAGAAAUUGAUGGAAUAUCAGAACCAAAGGGGUGGAAAAGUGAAGUUGCAAUCUAUAGUGAUGCCGCUUUCUGAGUUUGAUCAUGCAGAUAAGGGUGAUGCGUUGCACGCAAUGGAACUUGCAUUGUCCUUGGAGAAGCUAACAAAUGAGAAACUCCUUAACCUGCACAAUGUUGCCUCAAAGACUGGUGAUGUGAAUUUGGCAGACUUUGUGGAAAGUGAGUUUUUGGGUGAACAGGUGGAAGCCAUAAAAAAAAUAUCCGAGUAUGUUGCUCAGCUAAGAAGAGUUGGCAAAGGACAUGGUGUCUGGCACUUUGAUCAGAUGCUGCUCAACGAAGCGGCUGCAGCUUGAUGAUUUUAUUUUCUCCCACUUCAGUCAUUUGUAUCUCUGUUCAUAUAGAUGACUUAGUCUAUUUACUAGAACUAGUAGUUGGAACUGAACCACGCUUUAAUAAAGUUUAUGUGGGUUGUUUUUGGUCAUUGCUAUUUUUCAGUUUAUUUAGUUGCUGAUCCAUGGUGGUUCGUUUUUCUUAAA